GUAAAACAACUACUUUGAUGAUCCUUCCUUUUUCCUUCCGGCUUCCCUUAGUUCACUCGACUCAAAAACUCCAAGAGUCAAUUUCCGCCCACAUUGGCAAACUCAAGUUCUUCUUCUUCUUACAGCAAUUAUUUUUUACAGAAAAUGAAAUUGUAAUAAAAUAUCAGUUAAUAACUGAUUCAUUCAGACAAUUCAAACAAACUUAUGUACUGUUCUAAAAGUGGUGACAUAAAUAUCCCCAGUUCAGUUUGAAUGUACAUAGGAAACAUGCAAAACACCAACUCAUGAAAUUCCUACCGCUCUUCUUCAGUCUCCACUUCAGUUUUGACCAUCUUUAUUCUUCUCCCUGUUUCAUACUAUCUCACUGCACUCCCAAUUUCAUCCUGUAGUUUGGAUUGUUUUUAUAAUUUCUGGUUUUUUUUUUGUAAGGACAUGGCAAUUUCAGAUAUUGAUGCCGUGGUGGAAUUCUUGAGAAACAAUGGGUUUUCCGACUCGGAAUCAGCUCUGAUGGAGGAUGUUAUGGAGAAAUCCCAGCUUGGUUCUUCUGAUUUCCAGAGAUUCCUAUUUCCAAUGGUGCCUCCACCUCCGCCUGUUAAAAUUCCGGCCACUUCUCGGCGGCAUCAGCCGGGGCCACCUCCUGAUGAUGCUGGUGGUUUGAGCUCCGCUUCUGAUGAUGAUGAAGACGAGUUUGUGAGUUUAGCUUCUUCUACCACUGAAUUGUGCUCUUCAGAUUUUACAAAUCCCUACGGCAUUCGUACUACCACAAGGCCGAGUUCGCAAGCUUCAUCAGAUAGGAUGUCUCAGUUUGGCACUGCCCGAGAUUAUCAUGAGUUUGAUAUGCAGAAUGAUCUCUACUGGUAUAAAGAGAAAGAUGAGGAUUAUAUCAUGCCACCUCUCUUUGGCAUGUCUGACUUAAAUGGUGACCCUACCGAGGAUAAAUUUGUAAUGACUGUUGAGACCGGGAAUAGCAGCGAUUAUAGUUCGAAUAAUCAUAUAUCUGAAACCUACCACUCUCUAGGUAAUGUGAACUUCUAUGAUGGACAGUGGCCGAUAGCCUUUGAGGAGAAGAAAGAUAAUGCCAGUUUCAAUGAUUAUUAUGAUUUUAAAAGAAAUGUGCAACCUAAAGGAAUUCCUAAGACAGUUCAACAAGAUUUUGUGGAUCAUUCUUAUCCAGCGCCACUCUAUGCUUGCUCUGGUGAAGCAGGAAGAAAUUAUGCUGAAGAUACUGCAGAUUUUGCAAAUCUGAAGGAAAAAGUCACAGAUGAAGACACAGCCACAGGAUGUGAUGCUUACCAGUGUAUCAAGAAAAACUCUACACAUGAUUGCAAUAGAGAAUUUAAAAGUCCUGAACUCCCUGAAAUCCAAGGAACUGAGGAAAAUUACCAUCCAGAUGAAAAUGGACACUGUCAACCUUACGAAAAUGGUGUAGUGGCUUCAGAGACCUAUGACCCUGAUCCAAUAGCAGACGAAGGGGUUGCUGCUCCUUCCGAUGAACUUCUGGCUUAUGAGACUAAGGAGGAGGAUUAUGAGGUCUUCAGCUUAAGAAUCAUACACCGUAAAAACAGGACUGGUUUUGAAGAACACAAGGACUUCCAUAUCAUUCUAAAUAGUAUUGUUGCUGGUAGAUACUAUAUCACUGAAUACCUUGGUUCAGCCGCUUUCAGUAAAGUUGCCCGGGCACAUGAUCUUCACACUGGAGCAGAUGUUUGUUUGAAGAUCAUAAAGAAUGAUAAGGAUUUUUUUGAUCAGAGCUUAGAUGAGAUCAAACUUUUGAAGUAUGUCAACAAACAUGAUCCUGCCGACAAACACCACAUCUUGCGGUUAUAUGAUUAUUUUUACCAUCAGGAACAUCUAUUCAUUGUUUGUGAACUUCUACGAGCAAACUUGUAUGAGUUCCAGAAGUUUAAUAAAGAAUCUGGUGGAGAGCCCUAUUUCACGUUGAGCAGACUGCAGGCCAUAACUCAGCAGUGUCUGGAGGCAUUGGAGUAUUUGCAUGGCUUGGGAAUCAUGCACUGUGAUCUAAAGCCUGAGAAUAUUCUCAUAAAAAGUUACAGAAGAUGUGAGAUAAAAGUAAUCGACCUAGGAAGCAGUUGCUUUCAGACAGACAACUUAUCACUAUAUGUGCAGUCUCGUUCUUACAGGGCUCCUGAAGUGAUCCUUGGUCUUUCUUAUGACCCGAAGAUUGACAUUUGGUCACUUGGUUGCAUUUUGGCUGAGUUAUAUUCAGGGGAGGUUCUUUUUCCAAAUGAAGCAAUAGCAUUGAUUCUUGCACGUAUGGUAGCAGUACUAGGUCCAAUUGACAUGGAAAUGCUACAAAUGGGUCAGGAGACGCACAAGUAUUUUACAAAAGAAUAUGACCUUUAUUACAUGAACGAGGUAUGUAAUUUCCAGUGUUUGAAGAAUCAGGUAGUUUACAUUCUAAUGACAAGUAGGUAGUUCUGCGUUUUGAACUUCUUCUUACUUGGGUUGGUUGGUUCUUCAGUGUUUCAUAAGGGCAUGUAGAAAGAAAGUCAUGUUACAUUCCUGAUUCGUGCUUUUAGUAAGGAAACUUGUGAGAAUUUUGUUCUUUUUUCCCCAGUCCGUAUAGUGUUUUCCACCCAAGGCCUUUGAAAUGGCCCAUCUAUUUUUAGUCAGCGGAAAGCUCACUUUUGGAUACAGAGAGGUGACCUCCAUUUAGAAGCUGCACCUUAUCUUAAACGUAUUCAUGAACUGGAAACAAAGAUACAAUGAAAAACAAAAACUUGAUUCGAUAUUGGUGCAUUUGUUGCUACUUACAAAACAAGACCUUCUACUCGAGACUGUUGCCAAUUUAGGGGGCUAAUCAGCAUAAUGUUGGUCAUCGUACUGUUAAAGAGAUAGCAUAACAAAUCGGCAUGUUAAAUUGUAUCACCAGUCAAAGGAGGAACACUGUGGAUCUUUAGAUAUACAUGACCACCAGUAGCAACAAUUUAGCCUUUAUCCUUCAUCUCUGCUGAUAACUUGUGACAGUUUCUUAGUGAUCUUUAUGAGGUGUUUUUCUUCUCUGUAUCACUGAUCUCACGUCAUAACAUUUACGUACAGGAAACAAAUCAGUUGGAAUACAUAAUAGCUGAAGACUCAUCACCACUGGAGCAUCACCUCCAAAUUUCUGAUGUCUUGUUCUUGGAUUUCUUAAGCAGAUUGCUUGAGAUUAACCCCGAAAGAAGGCCAACUGCAAGGGAAGCAUUAGAACACCCAUGGCUUUCUCACUCCUAUGAUGAAUUUAGCCCCUCUUGAACUACCCAAAGUGGUUCCGUCUAAGUAAAUUCCAAGGGUAUGUAUAUGUCUUUAAUCCACUCAAAGGGCUCACCUUUCUGCAGUUCUAAUUUGGUCAGUAAAUACAUGGUUGCUUUGGUAUUUCCUAUAGAGUAAGAGAAUGUUGCUCAGUUCUGGAACUUUUUGCUCCGUUGGGCAUUUUUGGGGCCUUUUUUCAAGCUCUUGUUUUAUAUGAUUUUUUUUUUUUUUUAAAUAGAGUAAAGGAUUGCACAGUUUUCCGUUGUCACAUAGCCAGACCACAUAAUAUUGAUGUUCACAUUGUAUUGAAAACAGUAUACCACUUGUAUUUACCAACGCUAUUGAGCAAAUAAAAGUGCAUUGAUCGAAACAGCUUUGUAUCUGAAUUCCUAUGCUUGUGUAAGCUUCCUGGGUUAUAGAAAUCGUCAGUCUAGAGUUGGUUCUGGAAAAUUGCUGGAUGCAAUCAUUUUUUGGGGGUCGUUUGCCGCCAUUUUUUUUUUAGGUCUUUUCCAAGCCUUGACAGAGCUCACACGCAACAGCCAACUAGCAAAAUUUGAAGUUCUGAAGUUAAUUUGACUUUGUGGGCGCUAUAAUAUUUGGACAUUCUUAGGAAUUGUCAAAAGUCAAGUAAAUAACACCCGAAAUAAGCUCAUCUUAGACACUCU